AAUGGAGUGUUGUUGCCCAUCGGCCUCCAUGUCCGCCCCGCCGCCGCUGAGGUGAUCCCUUUCCCGGCCUUCGAGCAUCCAGGCGGGGUGCGGGGGGUGUCGGAGGCCCCGGCGCUCCGCCUCGCCGCAUGGAGGCCGCUCUCAAAGCCAAGGGGAGGCUGCUGGCCUCCAGUGCCUUGGACGCGAAGGACGAGCUGGAAGAGAAGCUGGAGAGGUGUUUCAGUGUGAUUUCACCAUUGGUUAAUGGAGUGUCUGAGAGAGAAGCUAACGAUGCGUUGAAUGCUCAUGUCUGUAAAGGUGCCCAGCAGCAUGAAGAGGUUUGUUUGGGGCUUUUAACGAUGAUUCUAACGGAGCCUUCGCAGGCACAAAGAUGCUACCGGGAUCUGAUGUUGGUGAGCAGAGAUGGCAUGAACCUGAUUUUAAUAAAGAUUAACCAGCUCCUCAUGGAGAAAUACCUGAAACUGCAGGAUACUGUCAGGAUACAGUUGGUGUGGACAGUGCGGGAAGUUGUGAAGAAUGCAGUGCUGGGAGCAGAUGGAGUGUGUAUGACGUUAAUGAAGCAGAUUGCUGGCGGAGAUGUGACUCCAAAGAAUAUCUGGCUGGCUGAAAAUGUCCUUGAAAUCCUCGUGGAACAAAGGGAGUGGGUGCUGAAGAGUAACAUGCUGAUCGCCAUGAUUGUUUACACCUACCUGCGGCUGAUAGUGGAUCACCAUGGCACCCCACAGCUCCAGGCGCUCCGACAGAAGGAGGUGGACUUCUGUAUGACGCUGCUCCGGGAAAAGUUCAUGGACUGUACAAUGAUUGGCCGAGAUCUGGUUCGACUACUUCAGAAUGUUGCUAGGAUACCAGAAUUUGAGAAGUUAUGGAGAGACAUUCUACAUAAUCCUCAGGCCCUAAGCCCACAAUUCACAGGCAUUCUGCAGCUUCUACAGACUCGAACUUCACGCAAGUUUCUGGCAUGCCGCUUGACGCCUGACAUGGAGACCAAGCUGCUCUUCAUGACAUCCAGGGUUCGGUUUGGGCAGCAGAAGCGGUACCAGGACUGGUUUCAGCGUCAGUAUCUCUCGACGCCUGAUAGCCAGUCGCUACGUUGUGACCUUAUCCGCUACAUCUGCGGUGUUGUUCAUCCAUCCAAUGAGGUGCUGAGCUCAGACAUCCUCCCUCGAUGGGCCAUCAUUGGCUGGUUACUGACCACGUGCACGUCUAAUGUUGCAGCCUCAAAUGCCAAGCUGGCCUUGUUUUAUGAUUGGCUAUUCUUCAAUCCGGAGAAAGACAGCAUCAUGAACAUAGAGCCAGCCAUCCUUGUUAUGCAUCAUUCCAUGAAGCCCCAUCCAGCAAUUACUGCCACUCUGCUAGACUUCAUUUGUCGGAUUAUUCCUCACUUUUAUCCACCGCUGGAGUCCCAUGUGCGGCAGGGUGUGUUCAACUCACUGAACCACAUUGUGGAAAAGCGAGUCCUGGCGCCCCUGGCACCUCUGUUCGACAACCCAAAACUGGACAAGGAGCUGCGUGCCAUGAUCCGGGAGAAGUUUCCGGAAUUCUGUAGUUCGCCAUCACCACCGGUAGAAGUGAAAAUUGAAGAAUCUGUUGCUGUUGAUAUGGAUAAUCAUGUCACUGACAAGGAGCAGGAGGAGAAUUGUUAUGACAAUACAGAUGCUGCCUUCAGCGAUGAUGAGGAAGAGAUGAACAAUAAAGGGAAGAAACGAGAGUUUCGAUUUCAUCCAAUCAAAGAAGCGAUUGUUGAGGAGCCCGUCGACAUCACACCCUACCUGGACCAAUUAGAUGACGUGCUGAAGGAGAAAGUGUUACUUAUUCAGAAAGGACGAGACACGGAGACUCAGUGUGAAAUUAUGCAGGAAAUUGUGGACAUGAUACUGGAGAAGGAUGAUUUUGAUACAGAGCUCAUGGUGACAUUGGCUUCCUGCCUCGUCGAGUUGUUCAAAGGACAUUUCAGGGGCGAGGUCCUGCCAGAGGAGAUCACCGAGGAGUCUCUGGAGGAGUCAGUGGGGAAGCCACUUUAUGUUACGUUCAGGAACUUGUGCCAGAUGCAGGAGGAUAACAGCAGCUUUUCCUUGUUGUUGGAGCUCUUAUCGGAGUUAUACCAGAAGCAGCCCAAGAUUGGUUAUCACCUUCUGUACUAUCUGCGAGCCAGUAAAGCCGCAUCGGGGAAGAUGAGACUGUAUGAGUCCUUCGCCCAGGCGACACAGCUGGGCGAUUUGCACACUUGUCUCAUGAUGGAUAUGAAAGCAUGCCAGGAGGAUGACAUUCGGCUGCUCUGCUAUCUCACCCCUACUAUCUAUACAUCGUUCCCCGAUGAGACGUUGCGAAGCAGUGAACUCCUCAACAUGAUCGUUGCCGUCAUCGACUCUGCACAGCUGCAGGAGUUGGUGUGUCACAUAAUGAUGGGGAACCUGGUUAUGUUUCGUAAGGAUUCAGUCCUCAACAUCUUGAUUCAGAGCCUCGAUUGGGAGACCUUUGAGCAGUACUGUACGUGGCAGCUCUUCUUGGCUCACAACAUUCCCCUGGAACUGGUCAUCCCCAUCCUUCAGCAUGUCAAGUACAAAGAGCACCCUGAGGCCCUCUCGUGUUUACUGCUGCAGCUCAGGAGAGAGAAGCCCACUGAGGAAAUGGUGAAGAUGGUGAUGAGCCGGCCGUGCCACCCUGAUGACCACUUCACCACUAGCAUCCUGCGGCAGUGGUCCAUGAAACACGAUGACACGCUGGCCGAGCAGAUCAAAGCCCUUCUCAUCAAGAACAACAGCCUGCCCAGGAAACGCCAGAGCUUACGCAGCUCCAGCAGCAAGUUGGCACAGCUCACCCUGGAGCAAAUCCUGGAACAUCUUGCCAACCUGCGACUCUGCCUCCUGCCCACCAAACAGAACUUCUUUACCCAGACGCCAAUCCUGCAGGCACUUCAGCAUGUGCAGGCUAGCUGCGACGAGGCACACAAGAUGAAGUUCAGCGACCUGUUUGCACUGGCCGAUGAUUAUGAAGACUCCUCGAAACCAUCCCGGAGUCGACGUAAGACAGCAGCCUCCAGCCCCAGGAGCCGGAAGAAUGCCUCGCAGCCUGUUGGCAAUGAUGAAGACUCCUCCUCCAGCAGUGGGACGGAAGAGGAGGAUGCGAAACCCAAACCGAAGAGGAAGCGGAGAGGUUCGUCUGCAGUCGGGUCUGACAGCGACUGAGCAUGUGGCGGCCAGACACAGACAGACAGACAGACAGCGAGAGCACGACACAGAGAAGCACGGCUGCAAUAAGGUGCUGCUUCCACAUCUCUACCCUCUGAAUUUAGAGAGAAGGAAAGAACCUACACACUGUCACACACAGCCAGCAGGAAGCUACUGUUGCACACUGUUCUGUGUCCCAGCUAGCAAGCGGUUGCAGUGAAACACAGACUGAGCGCAGCAGCAUUCUGCAGAGGUCGACUGGUCUGAGAGAUUCAUUCAGCGAGAAAGAGAGAGAGAGGAAAUAAAAGACAAUUAAUCAGGCAUCGCGGACUUGCAAAAAAAAAAGCCUUUCUCACCAGUGCAAGAGACUGUCUGGAUUCUUAAGAAAAAAUGUCACAGAGUUUUUAAAAAGGGUUUAUAUUCGAAGCAUCCUAUUUUCUUAAAAAAAAAAGUUGUAAAUAAACUACAUCUUAUAAUUCUG